CUCCUCACAGUCCUCAGUCCGCGACUUGACGCCUUCUGGCUCGCAUCCUCACCUCGGCGCUCGGCCGCGUGCGUUUCUUUCUCACUCGCCGAGAAGAGCCAGCAUCGACCACUGCACCGAACGGAUUCAGUUUCGUAUUGCGAAAUUGCGUGCAGAGAUGGUGGCAGGCCUAAAAUGAGGCGUUGCAUUGGAGCUGGUGAUCAGCUGAAAGAGCAGCUAGUCGCCGCACGUGGGAUGAAGCGGGUAGGCAACCGGCAGCGCAUCGCCCUUACCUUUGCGUGAGAGUUUCGCCUUCAUACGUUUCGAGCGCGAUUCUGAGAUCAUGAGCGGCGGCGGAAGCGGUCGUCGCAGCGCCGGCGCCGUCCGGGACAUUUUGGUGAACGCCACCGUCACGCUGAUCAUCAUCCUGCUCACCGUGUUCCUUUACAUUUUGUGGAUCAAAAUUGUGCCCAGCAGUGGCAGCAGCUUCCUCUCUGAAGAGCACCUGAGGAUCAACGCCUCCGGAGCCGAGUUUGACGAGCAAAGAGGCAUCGCAGAGCUCAGGAAUAGAGUUCGGCAGAACAAGUCCCGCAAGCUGAGCGUGGACACGGAGCAUUUGGAGGCCAAGAAGCAGCUGGCCUACUUCAUCCCCACGAAACUACCCUCCAAGUUUCCUCUGCACGAGCACGACGUCCUCUACGGGCAGGACGAGUUGUGGAGGAGGGCCGGCAAGCAGCAGGUGCACUUGCCCAAAGCCCUCGGCAAGAAGCAACCCUUCGGCCACUUUAUCCACAAGGAUGACGAAUUGUGGGACCCAAGCCCUCAGUACGAAUUCAACGCAUUCGGUCGGCACUUCCUCCUAGAGUUGAAGCACGACUCGUCGGCCUCGUCGGCCACCCAAACCCUUCGGGCCCACCACGUUUUCAAGAACCAAUCACACGUGCAGCCGGUGCACAAAGACGUGAGCAAGUGCUUCUACUCGGGAAAAGUGCUCGGUGACACCGACUCGCGAGUCAACCUCAACCUCUGCCAUGGAAUGUCUGGAUACAUCCGCACGUCCCACGGUAUUUACUUCGUCGAGCCGUCCGAAUACUGGCCGCCGGAGAACGCGACUGAUGUCUCUUCUAGUCCAUCUGUGAUGCACGCCAUUUACCCCCUGGUUGCCGAACCCACCGCCCUCGUAGAGGAUGACGGCCACUGCGCCACGCCUCUCUCAAAUGCAGAAAUUACUGACGACCAUCCUCAAGAAGACGAGACUGCACCGCACCACCGUGCGGCGCGAUCCAUACUCAACCAUCCCUAUCUCGUGAAACCACCGGGCUCCAUCUCGAAGCAGUUGUACAUAGAGGUUAAAGUGGUGACGGACCGCAAAAUGCACGAGUACCACGGCGACAACCUGACGCAGUACGUGAUCACCCUCAUGUCCAGUGUGUCAUCGUUGUUCAAAGACGCUAGCAUAGGCAACCACAUAAAUAUCAAGGUGGUGGACAUAGAGAAUCUGGCCGACACGUCAUUUUACGUGUCGCCUGACGUCUACUGGAAAAGCAAGUAUAACGCCAACGAUGUCUGGGCCACGGAAAUGCUCAAGAAGUUCUGUAUCUGGCAGUACGAGAACCGUCACCUUGGUGACAGGACCAGACACUAUGACACUGCCCUUCUGCUCACAAGAGAAAAUCUUUGUCGGUAUCACAACCUGACGAGCUGCGGGACCCUGGGCCUGGCCGAGGUCGGUGCUGUGUGCAACCCAAAGAAGAGCUGUUCAAUUGUGCAGGACAACGGCCUGAGCGCGGCCUUCACCAUCGCCCAUGAGCUUGGACACGUACUGAAUAUGAAGCACGACAACGACAACCACUGCAAACGCUUCAUGGGCCCGAGCAGCAAGCACUUCAUGAUGGCGCACAUGCUCGGCGAGAACACCUCUCCCUGGGAGUGGUCCAACUGCAGCCGCCACUAUCUCACCGAAUACCUCGAAUCAGGACAUGGCUACUGCCUGGAGAACGAGCCGUACCAGGAACUGCCGUUGAAGGACGACUCGAGCCUGCCAGGCGAGAGUUUCAACCACAACAGGCAGUGCGAGAUGCUGUACGGACCGGGCUCGCGCAUCUGCACCUACAUGCCAGUGUGCGGCUCGCUGUGGUGCAGCCAGGGCCAGUCGGACGAGCAGAACGGCUGCCUCAGCCAGCACAUCCCCUGGGCCGAUGGCACCCUCUGCGCACACAACAGCUGGUGCCAGAAGGGCAAGUGCGUUCCCAAGAACAGGGAGGCCCUCGCGCCCAGACAUGGCGGAUGGAGCUCCUGGGGACCUUUCGGCGAUUGCUCUCGGUCGUGUGGCGGCGGCAUCAAAGUUUCAAAGCGCGAGUGCGACAACCCGCGGCCUGUGAACGGCGGCAAGUACUGCAUUGGCGAGAGGAUGCGCUACCACUCGUGCAACACGCAGGACUGCCCGUACAAUCAGAAGGACUUCCGCGACCAGCAGUGUGGCAUGAUGAAGCGAGGCUACAACGACGCCAAGUGGAUUGCCAAGUACUAUGGCAAACCGGAAGACCAAUGCAAGUUGUACUGCCGCCAGGGCACCGACUUUAACUUCCUCUUUUCGGAGAAGGUGAUUGACGGCACGCCGUGCUCGCCUAAAACCUAUGACAUCUGCAUCAACGGCAAGUGUCACCCGGCAGGCUGUGACCACGUCCUCGGCUCCAACAAGACCUUGGAUUCCUGCGGUGUCUGCGACGGAGACAACUCCACCUGCACCAUGGUGUACGGUUCAUACAACGAGUCCAUGCCCGAGUACCAGAAGGUCGUGGAGAUUCCUGCAGGCUCUACCAGCAUUUUCGUCAAGCAGACGCCCCUCUCCUACGUUGACGGCAAAUCCGGCGACAACAUUCACUUAGCACUCCGCUUGAAGGACACUGGUCAGUAUAUUUUGAACGGCAACUUUAACAUCAGGCCUUACGAAACCAGACUUUUGGAGGCUGGCACUCCAAUAAACUACAACGGCGCUCGCUCCUUUGUCGAAAUCCUCAACUCCACUCUAGAACCGCUGAAGGUUGCUGUCAUCCUUGAGGUUUUUAUCGCUGGUACUCCUCUCCGUGCCAAUGUGGAGUACAGAUAUAUGGUGCACUUCCCUUUCAUCUGGAAGCCAAACUCAGAUUGGUCUACCUGCCACAGAACUUGCUUCAGACAUAGAUCAAUUGGCUGUUUUGAGAGGAGGACAAACAUUGAAGUGGACAAAUACCUGUGUUCUAACUCUACGCAAGAAAAGCCAGCUACCAAGAAGUUCUGCUAUUUCCAUAGCUGCAGACUUUCAUGGAAAGGGAAUCGUUGUGCCGUACUUUCGUACGGUAGCGGCGAAACUUAUGUGGACAAGAAGCUGUGCGAGAAAGUCAAGAAACCAAGCCGCAUGGCCACGUGGGAGUUUGGAACCUGGUCAGAGUGCAGAGUUGGUUGUAAUCCUGGUAACCAAACCAGGACUGCCAAGUGUACCACCUACAGAGCAAGUUAUUUACCUGAUGAGCAUUGCCCACCAUUAAAACCUGAGGAUAAGGAGAGACCCUGUGAACCUUUUUGCCAGGGCAUGUGGAAGACUGGAGAAUGGACCAAGUGUUCAGUCAAGUGCGGGACAGGCGUGCAGAGGCGUUCUGUUUGGUGCGAGCUGGACGGCUACAAAGUGAACAAGGAUGAGUGCCAAGGCUUGGAGCCCCUCACGCAACGGGACUGUGCCCAACCGGCCUGUGGCUACUGGAAAACUGGGCCCGCCUCGGUUUGUUCGGUGAGCUGUGGGGUCGGCGUGGCCCAGAGACAGGUGGUGUGUGUGACCGAGGGUGGGGCGGCUGCCAACGACGAAUUUUGCGAUCACUUGGAAAAACCCAACAACGCGGUGUCCUGCACCAUGCCUGACUGUCCCUCGCCCACGACCACAAAAUUGAGAAGUAUGCAAAACUCCAGCGAUUUGAUGAUCAAGAACGCUAUUGUGCCUGCACAAACAACCUUGCAAAUUGCGUGGGUUGACGGAGAGUGGAGUGAGUGUUCUGUGAGCUGCGGCAAAGGCUAUCAGCGACGCAUAGUGCAGUGCCUGAAUCUGAACUCGAACGACGUCCUUCCCGACUCCCUGUGUGAGCAACUCUCGCCAAAGCCGGUGACGCAGCACUCGUGUUCCCACACGUGCGGUGCCUGGAGGCCCAGGGAGUGGCAGCCCUGCUCAGCGACCUGCGGAAAGGGCAUUGCCAAGAGACAGGUGGUUUGCGAGUCCGACUGGGGCAGAAUAUCGCUACCGGACUCUUCAUGCGCCAGCCAGGAGAGGCCAGUGAGCGAGCACCCGUGCGAGAACAAACCGUGCACAAUGGUGUUCCACACGGAACGCAAGUGGUCCACCGGCUCCUGGGGAGAGUGCGUGGUGCCAAACAAGGACUGUGGAGUUGGAGUGCGAAGGAGACAGGUCAAGUGUCUGCACGGCGGCUCGUGCGACGGGGAAAAACCUCCUGAUAUCGAGCCCUGCGUCAUUUCCUGCAGGAACGCCAAGUGGAACUUUGGCGAGUGGGGAGAGUGUUCCAGACCAUGCGGAACCGGCUACAAGCACCGACUGGUGCGGUGUCAGUCUCUAAACGGGCAGUUCCUGAAGGAGGACGAGUGUCCUGUGGAGGAGCGGCCAAGCUCUAAGAUGGAGUGCAACACGCACAGGUGUAAUGGCUACCGCUGGAAGGUCAGCGCCUGGGAACAGUGCUCGGUGCGGUGCGGGCGCGGCGUGAAGCGGCGGACGGUGCAAUGCGUGAGCAGCGGCAAGGGCGCCGCUGUCCAGGACUUCCACUGCCCGGGACGCAAGCCUCCGGACACUCGGUUCUGUUUCAAAUACCAAUGCCCGUACUCGUGGCAAAUUGGAGACUGGUCUGAGUGUUCGGAAACCUGCGGCUCAGGUCUGCAGACGCGCCAGGUGACAUGCCACAAGGUGGUUGGCUUGGGCUGGCUAGAGCCGUCCAAGGUGGCGGAAUCACACUGCUACAGCACCGAAAAGCCCAUAGCUGUGCAAGCAUGUCACUUGGAGCCCUGUUCUUCUCAGUUCCACUGGCUCACUGGACCCUGGAAACAGUGCUCUGCGGUGUGCGGGAAGCGCGGCAAAAAGCGUCGCGCCGUGUACUGCGUGGGCCACGACCGGCUGCGGGUGUCCAACAGCUACUGCCGACAGGACAAGAUGCCGGUACGCAAGGCCAAGUGCAACGUGAUGCGCUGCCCAGGUCCAUCCUCAUGCAGGGAGGUAAAGUUCCUGCGCCGUCACUCGGCCGCCGACGGCACCUACACGCUCAACUUGUUCGGCAUGAACAUCAGCGUCUACUGCCACGAGAUGCACUCGCACUCGCCCAAGGAGUACUUAUCGCUGCCCACUGGCGAACAGGAGAACUACUCAGAAUUCUUCCACCUAAGUUUGAAAAAUCCCAACUCAUGUCCAUACAACGGAAAGAGGCCAGAAAAAUGCGACUACUGUUAUGACGAGAAAAAAGGUCUGUCGGGAACGACGGUCUUCACCAAAAUCCGCUUCAACCCGCAAUCUUUGAAAGUCACGAGGGACGAUUUCACUUUUGCCCGUCUGAUUCGUGGCAAGAAAUACAUACCAUACGGUGAAGCGGGUGACUGCUACAGCAACCUGGUCUGCCCGCAGGGAAGGUUUUCAGUGAACCUGUCAGGAACACCUUUCAGGGUGUCACCCACCACGGGAUGGCUCAGUAACGGCGGCUCCAUGGACCAACACCCUGAUGAGGAGCACCAAAAAGUGUGGGGCAAGUGCGGCGGAAACUGCGGCACGUGCAGCCCACGCAAAGAUACUGGACUGAAGCUGGAGCUGCUGUGGCCGGACAGACACACGAAACACCACGGCCGCUGGAGGGGUUAGAGCCCUUAUCCUACGAGUCACACACACAAUAUGCGAGAGAGAGAAGAGAGAGAUUCGGCCGGCAGACAUGCACGGUCGGGGCCGCGAAAGCCACCAGCGGAUCUGUCGACAAGCAUGGAGGGCGACGCUGGACCCUUUAUACUUUCUCGAAUCCGCCAAAAAUGAUUGCUCUCGUCGUGUGCGCAAACGGACCUUUACAUUUCGACAGCAGCAAGCAACCGAGUGGAAUCUCAAUCAAAAGCGCUAAUGUUUUAGGCCUCCUUUUCUGCAGUGCAUUUAUUACUGUUAGGAGAAGAAGAUACGAGGAUCUGAAUUUUUUCGAAUGCGUUUUCAUCUGAUGGAAUAUUUUUGUACUGUUUUCGGCGUCGGUCGGAACGCCAACCUUUUUAAUUUAUUGAUUUCUAUACUUUAUUAUAUAUUAUACAUCGAGAACGGCCGCACUUGUUUGUACGUUUUUACACAAGCGACAACAAUAUUGCCACGAGGUGAGCAAAAGUAUUAGUUUUGAGGCCUCUUUUUCAGGGGAUUUUACAAACUCUGAACAAUUCCCUUUAGUGUCAAAAAACUAGCCCAGAUUCGCUGGAAGUGCGAUUCAGUUGGAUCCAAAAAUUAAACUGAAUUGGUUUUGUUUCGUCAAGACCACAAAAUUUUUAUUGAUGUUUUAAAUUCAUUGCAUCAGCUCUACGCGCGAACGGCAGCUCUGAAGACUAUUGAAUCGCACAAAUUUCGAAUCAAAGUACUUUUUGUCCCAGCAUAAUCAAGAUGUGUAGAUAAAUACCUCAUAUAUUACACCGUCAUACUGUAAAAGUUACAAAAAAACUGUAUACCACCAGCUUCAGGCUCCAUUUUUUUACAUCAACGCAGGACUUAAUAUAUUUUACUGCCACGAUUUUUGUUCAUCGUUUAACAGUUUUGAUUUGUGUUCCAUGUGCACACACACGCCUAGCACGUAAGUCUUUUGCCCCUUUUGAACGCCAUGCUGAAGUAUUUUUCAUUAAUUUUUCGCACAUCACACAAGUUUCAUUAUUUUUCGGCACAUCAAAAUGAAAGCGCGCGAAUAAUUUUUUAAUUUUGCAAGAAGAAGGCUGACACUCGAACUACAAGGUUUAGUGUGUAUUUUUUCUUCUUCGGCUGAUGCAUUUUUGCGAGAGAAAGAAAGGAAGGAACACGCACAGAAUUUUCUAUCAAAUGUAUUAUUAAACGUAUUUAUUAAUAAAUGAAUAAUUUUGGUAUUCAGUGAGGAUGCACGAAUGAGCGUGAAUGCGGUAAUAUUUUCUUGUUGAUUUUGUUACGUAUAAAAUAAAUACUCUGCUCUUUCUGGACCCCUUGACCGCGCUAACUGAGAUACUAUACUUUUGGAUGAAUAACAAACUGUACCUUUAGUCUGUAGAAUCACUGCCAAUAUUUGUACUGCUGCGCGAGGGAGACCCCUCACUGCCGCUGACAGGAGUUGAUUAGUGUUGUAAUUAAUUAACCAACGGUGCGAUUUAGUUUUCGUCCACGAUUAAUGUGAUUCAUUUUUAGAUAAUGUGCGACAACACAGCCAUACGAGAGCUCGUAGUUGAGACAAUAAAAUAAUUAUAUUCAAUCGAAUCCCUCCUCCACCUAAUUUUAAGGAAACACAUACACACCCACACCAUACAAAAAUUUGUAUAAACAUUUGACGCCACGCUUGAAUCUCCAACCAAUUGAUAUGUCAGUAAUAAAUUAUGAUAAAUGCAAAAAUUGACAA